UUUUGGGUUCUAUCAGUACGGCUUGAUGAAAACCAUCUAACUGGAAACAUCUCGGAAGAUUUUGGGAUUUAUCCAGAGUUAGAUUAUAUAGACUUGAGCAACAAUAACUUUUACGGUGAGGUGUCUAGUAACUGGGGGCAUUGCCCUAAUUUAACUAGCUUAGAUAUAUCAAACAACAAUUUGUCUGGAAAAAUAUCUACAGAGCUAGGAGGAGCAACAAGAUUAGUCGAAUUACAUCUCUCAUCAAAUCAAUUAAUUGGUGAAAUCCCAAAGAGCUUUGAAAGACUAAGCUCAUUGACGAAAUUGUACUUGGAUGGCAACAAGCUAUCCGGUAAAAUUCCUUCAGAGCUUGGAAAUCUGUACAACUUAGAAGAAAUUAACAUAGCAAAAAAUUCACUUACCGGUCCAAUCAAUGAAAAUAUAGGAGAUUGCUUUAAGUUAAGGAGCUUGAACUUAAGUAGUAACAAAUUUGAGGGAGUUAUCCCAGUGCAUAUUUGCAAGUUGGAAAAGUUAGAAUCUCUUGACCUUAGUGAAAAUAAUUUGACCAGGAGUUUACCUUCACAGCUUGGGGGUCUACAAAGUCUACAAAUAUUAAACAUCUCACAUAAUAACCUCACAGGCUCUAUUCCUUCAAGUUUCACUAAAAUGUCAAGUUUAACCACAGUCGAUGUAUCUUUCAAUCAGCUAGAGGGACCACUACCAAAGAUGCGAGCUUUUGAAGAUGCUCCAACGGAGGCACUAGGACAUAACAAGCGGUUAUGUGGAAACAACACAGGGUUAGAUUGUCCCAUCAAUACAAACAAGGUUUCAAAGAUGCUAUUAAUCAUACUUCCAACUUUGGGAUGCAUGGUCCUGUUGUUUUAUAUCGGUGUCAUAUUCUUUUAUCUCCAUAAAAGAAAUUCAAAUGAUAUAAAUAGGACACAAGUGACACAAACAAACCCUUUUACCAUCUGGAGCUAUGAUGGGAGAAUGGCGUAUGAGAGCAUCAUUGAAGCUUUAGAGGACUUUGACUUGAAGCAUGUUAUUGGGGUUGGCGGACACGGUACUGUGUAUAAGGCAGAAUUGUCAACAAAAGUUUUGGCGGUGAAGAAAAUUCAUGCACCAGCAGACGGCGAGACACAAAAUUUUAAGAGUUUCGAAAAUGAGAUCCAAGCAUUAACAGAAAUACGUCAUCAAAACAUUGUCAAGCUCUAUGGAUUUUGUUCACAUUCCCGGCACUCAUUUCUGGUAUAUGAGUUUUUGUCAGGAGGGAGCUUAAGAAAUGUACUGAAUCACAUCGAACAAGCUGUCGAAUUUGAUUGGGAAAAGAGGGUGAUGGCUGUUAAAGGUAUUGCAAAGGCGUUAUCCUAUAUUCACCAUGAUUGUUCACAACCAAUCAUCCAUAGAGACUUGUCGAGCAACAAUGUUUUAUUCGAUUCGGAUUGGGUUGCUCAUAUAUCUGAUUUUGGCACUGUAGGUCCCUUUCCGGAGGAUGACGAACCUAAACCUUGUUAUACAAACCUACUAGCGAGUGAAUAA